AUGGUGAGCACUGCCUCCCCCAACACAGUGAGCACUGCCUCCCCCAACCCAGUGAGCACUGCCUCCCCCAACCCAGUGAGCACUGCCUCCCCCAACACAGUGAGCACUGCCUCCCCCAACCCAGUGAACACUGCCUCCCCCAACCCAGUGAGCACUGCCUCCCCCAACACAGUGAGCACUGCCUCCCCCAACCCAGUGAGCACUGCCUCCCCCAACCCAGUGAGCACUGCCUCCCCCAACACAGUGAGCACUGCCUCCCCCAACCCAGUGAGCACUGCCUCCCCCAACCCAGUGAGCACUGCCUCCCCCUACACAGUGAGCACUGCCUCCCCCAACCCAGUGAGCACUGCCUCCCCCAACCCAGUGAGCACUGCCUCCCCCAACCCAGUGAGCACUGCCUCCCCCAACCCAGUGAGCACUGCCUCCCCCAACCCAGUGAACACUGCCUCCCCCUACCCAGUGAGCACUGCCUCCCCCAACACAGUGAGCACUGCCUCCCCCAACCCAGUGAGCACUGCCUCCCCCAACCCAGUGAGCACUGCCUCCCCCAACCCAGUGAGCACUGCCUCCCCUAACCCAGUGAGCACUGCCUCUACUGUUAUUUCGCACCUACCUCAAUAUUACAUUAUAACCUGGUCCCAGUAA